GGUUCCUUUAUGGAAUUCGUGUCCUCUUUUUGGCUCUCACUUUACUCGAGAAUCUUGAAACUCGAGACCAAAAACGUUACCUCCAUUUCAUCAUUCCCUGUUAAAUACCCAAAUGACAUUCCCUCGUUUUUCUGUGAAAAGAAAACGUGAAGACUGAACGAAUGAGUCAUGCUCAUCUCUCUUAACUCAGGCAGGGAAAUGAGCUCAUGUUUGGCUAAAUGUUCAUCAACUCGGCUGGAGAACAUAGAUGAAAAUGGUCCUGCAAAUUGGUUACCGGGUUCAAGUGUUCUACCUGAAACUCCAAUUGAGUCUAUGGAGUUUCUUGGCAGAUCCUGGAGCCUUUCGGCCAAAGAGCUCUCCAAGGCUCUUUCCACUGCUCAUGAUGCUCCGAGUCAUGUUCAAAAGUCGGUGGUCGGCUUUCUUAGUGCUGAAGCUCGUGACUCAAAUUCCACAGUUUUGAGAGAACCACUACUUCAGCACUUACCCAGUGGAGAUAGUCCUCCAGCUUCACCAAGAGGAAGUGAUGAAAUGAAGGAAUUAUUGUUACUUCACCAAGCAUUGAAUCCAGAGUUCCUUUCUAAUCAACAACUACUCGGAAAUGGGCUAUACAAGAGCAUAUUAAGAGGUAAUAAAACACUGGGGAGGUGGAUGAAGGAUCAAAAGGAGAGGAAGAAGCAGGAAAUCAGAACACAGAAUGCUCAACUACAUGCAGCUGUAUCUGUGGCAGGUGUUGCUGCUUCCGUAGCUGCAUUUAUUGCAUCGCUUGUGUCGCGGGAAACAUCAUCUGGUAAUCAGAAAUGGGCUUCAAAGACAUCAGCAACCAUAGCUUCUGCAGCUGCUCUAGUCGCAUCUCAUUGCAUUGAGAUGGCAGAGGAAAUGGGAGCUACCCAUGAACAUAUCUUGAAUGUAGUUAACUCUGCCAUCAAUGCAAGAACUAAUGGAGAUAUCAUGACCCUAACAGCAGGAGCUGCUACAGCUCUAAGAGGAGCUGCAACCCUGAAGGCUAGGUUUGAGAAAGGGUUGGGAGCUCCAAACUUCACUGUUGGAGAGGAUAAGGUUGAAGAAGAAGGGAAAGAAUCAAACAUUUUGAUGGUAAUUAACUACGUUUCCAGAGGAGGAGAGCUUCUCAAACGCACAAGGAAAGGGGUUCUCCACUGGAAGCAAGUUUCUUUCAACAUAAACUCAAAUUGGCAGGUUGUGGCAAAAUUGAAAAGCAGGCACAUGGCAGGAACAUUUACAAAGAAUAAGAAAUGUGUAAUCUCAGGUGUGAACUACGACGUUGCGGCGUGGCCCGGGCGAGAAAGGGAUACCGAUGGCGGCCAGAGGGCCUACUUUGGAAUAGUUACAACAGAUAGAACAAUAGAGUUUGAGUGCAGUGGGAAAGGAGAAAAACAGAUGUGGAUUGAGGGGAUACAAUAUAUGUUGAACUUUCGUGCCUACAUGAAAUGAUUCUGACCCUAACAAAUAGGCCUAUCGAACAUUGGAAUAAAAUGAAUCUUCUCUCUAUAGAUUGUAGUGUUCUUCUGUUGGUGACUGUUACCCAGAAUUAGGAAUCAAAGAGAUGAAGGACUGGUGCAAAAUCUUGAUGCACGUUUCAAGGAAAAAACAAAACUUCCAAGAUCCACUUGUAAGCUUCCCUCAAAAAGAAGAGGGAAUUUUACACAAAAAUUUGUAUGGAAUGCUAUCCUGUUUCACCAUUUCUUCAAA